GCGGGAACCCCGCCACCAACCCCCUCCUCCGUUUCCUGCAACGGCUUUGGUGAUUUCUCUUGUUUAGCGUAGCUGCUUGUGUUUGGAAUCCUCCAGUUGGGCAUGGUAUGUCUGUGCCAGCAAGAAGAGAAAAAUGGGCAAUGGGAUUUUAUCCAGGCUUCAGAUUCAGAGAAGCCAAAGAAUUGCGCAGUUUCCUUUCAUUACUUUUAGGUCGUCGUCUCUCGUAGAUACUUGCUCCAAAAUGUACUGCAGGAAAGCUUGGUGGUACAAUCCCAUGUAUUUGGGGAAUGGAGAGCUGUGCUAGGUUUAGGAUCUGUCCAGUCCAAUCGGAUACCAGCAGAGGUUUUUUUCCCCCACCUCUAGCGGCCACUCUCGUUUCCUUUUCGCCUUUCCGUGACACAAAACAAAAGUAGGCACUGCCUGUGAUGAGCUGCUCAUCUUUGACACGACGCCAUGUGAAAUCCGAGCAGCGAUGGGAUCGGUAGUAAGAGCCCAGGUGGCCAGUGAAUGCACAGAUGUUCCGUGGAGAGAUAAAGAAAAAGCACACGUCGCUUUCCUGGAGCCAAUUCCCCAACUGCUUCCUAUCCUUGCCUAUUUAAUUGUUUCAGAAGUCGCUGUUUCGUGCAAAACACAGAGAUUUGCAGGAUAUGAUGGUCAAUCAGACGACAUAUGGAAUUCUUAUAUCUGCUUCUUGCUCUGAAACUUCUCUCUUUUAUAAUAGAAGAUUGGGUACCCUAUCUUCUCCCCUCUGAAACUAAGAAAUAGAUUUCUUGUUACUUGCAGUUUCCUCUUGACUCUGUGUCCUCAUUGAGGCUUCAGAGUUCAGACAGACACAAUUUCCUCAAGGAAACAAGCUUCUAAGUUGGCAUCUCCUUUCCCCUGCACAAAUUGUACUGUCUCAACAUAAUAAAAAAAAUACAAUAUGCAUCAAGACAGUUUCAGAUCAGUGGUUUGCAGAUCCCUUUCAAAGAACCUUCCCCCCAGAAGCAAAGAUGGAAGCUAUCCUGAAACAGUCCAAUGUGCUGUUCCUUGUGUUGUUACACUGCAACCUUCGGUUUGUCGAAACUGUCAAGGCCAGGAACGCAGCACGUCGCAAAGCUACCGGGAGGAGAGAUCCAUGUCAUUCAAUGGGGACUAUCUUAUGGCGUCCUCACUAUCCAAACAUUUUGCCGAGGACCUCCUAAGGGGCGCCAUGGAUCUCCAGGAGUCCCUUGCAAUGCUUGAGAAAUUCCAAACUGCAUCGCAGAGCAUGAGACUAUCCAACAAGAAGAGAAGACCAAAAACUGGUGAAAAAUCUCCAGAAAUAGAUACCAUAAUCCGUGAAGUCCUCCUGAGACCGUCAAAUGCCAAGAAGGCACUACCAAGAACUGUUAACAAUGGAUUGCACGGGCAGCUAAGCAAUUCUACUGAUGAGUUGAAGAAUGCUGUCAAGGAUAGUUUCUACAGGAAGAACCUCCUGUCGGUGUCCUCCAAUAAUGAGCAGGCCUCUUUGAGCCAGUCAGCACGGUACUUGCCGAACAAUUAUUUGAUUUCCAAGAUUUCUCAACAGAAGAAAGUGGCGCCGAGAUCACUUCCAUCUUGUGCAGCAGUGCAACCGGGCAAGUCUAAAGCCCCAAGUUUGGUAGCCAAGCUCAUGGGCCUUGAUGGAUUGCCCUCACAAAAAGAUAACUCUAAAAUGAAAGAUGAGAAGAUUAAGACAGUGAGUUCACCAAGAGCACGGUUUGAUAUUGAGAUGCCCAAAUCACAAAGGCUACAGACGCAAUUAUUUGGAGAGGAGUCUGGUUUUGAUGCAGAGAUGCCUAGCUCAGAAAAGCUAGCACCAGAACAUUACAAUGUUCGGACAGAUUAUACUAGUUCACAGAAGGGCAUCACUCCUUCUAAUAAUACUGUAGCGACUAAUGAGAUCAGACCGAUGAAAUCAAGUCUCAGAGAGAUAAACAUUGAGCAGGCUCGACCAAAAUCUCCAAAAGAAAUAAAGAUUGCUGCUCCUACAAGCAGAAAGCAGCAGAUCAAGGAGACCACUGAGAUCAAUAGGAGAACUAGGGAGAAGCAAAAAUCUAAUUUAACUUCACGGAACAGAGGAGGGAGGGAGGAUGCAAAGGCUAAAGCAGUAUCAGCAUCUCGUACUGCUAAAGUGGCAAAAAAUCCUGAUAGAAAAUCAGUGUCAAGUAGCAGUCGCUCUUGUGACUCGGUGAAGCCCGUCUUACAGAGAAGAACACAUAACAAUUCCAGACAGAAGACAGUAUCCAGGAGAAAUGUCAAGAGUUCAACUAUUGAUGAGUUAGUGGCGUAUGAGAUACAAAGGGAAAUCUUUCAUGCACUAGAUCAAAUUGAUGGCCCAUCCACUGAACAUAGUGCAACACCUAGCGAUGAAAGCUAUCCAAAUGCUGAUUGGGAGGCAGAAUCUUCUGUGGAUGAUAUUCAGAAAGACUUUUGCGAAUCCGAUGAAGCUUCGCUAUUUACCAGCCAUGCUGAAAGAACUGGUUCAACUGAUGGAGAUGCUAUUCACCCAUCAUCAACAGACAUAAUAACACAUAUAAAGGAAGCUGAGAUAAAAGAUGAAAUCAUUUUGCUUCUCCUAAGUGAUAAAUCUUUCCUUGGCAAAGCAUCCAAACUCAUAGGCAUCGACGUGUAUGAGCAUCUGCGCAACCAAUAUGAUGUAAUUUCCAAGGUUGAAAUGAAGGAACACAAGAUCUAUUUGGACACCGCAGCGGAGCAACUGGAACGAAAACAUCACCAGCAAAAUAGUCUGUGCUACACUGGAUUUCAGGGCCAGAAAUGCAGAGCAAGAGCAUAUUUCUCACUGGAGGAAUUGCUAAGAGAUAUCAGUAAUGGAAUCAGAAAGCUGAAUGGCUAUUCCGCCAGAGACGACGCAGGUUGCACAAAGGAUAGCCUAGACUUGAAGCUGGAGAGGGAUCUCAGGUGCUCAGGCGCGUCCAUCAAUGGUGUGUGGGACAUGGGCUGGCAGGAUCUGAUUUGCACGGAAGAAACAGAAUGCUUCAUCAGAGAUGCUGGGGAGGACAUCCUGUCGUUGCUGAUUGAGGAAGCUGCUUUGGACAUGUGUAUGCACUGACCUGAAAACAUCCAGCAGCAAGGGCGUUAUUGCCGCCAUGAAGAUCUAACUUGUUAACUUUAGCCUGAACUAGUUUGGGUUGUAAUCACCUGUAUGGUAGCAUAAGGAUUUAAGAACCAUUGAAGUAGGCUGUAACUUGUUUCCAUUUGCUGAAGAAAUUGGUGAAGUUGUGUCUUCACCAACAAAUGACUGUAAUUUGUGCAAACCGUCAUGGAUAAUCAAAGGGGAAAAAUGACAUGGUUCUACAGACUACAGUUGUUGAACCUAGAACAGCAAGCGACAGUUCAGCAUAGUUCUAAUCUGAAAAGGGCAGGGUCAUUUCAGGCUCAAGAAUUGCCCGGUGAAUUUUACCAGACUGACAUGAUAGCCGCAACAGCUUUUUGUGUUGUGCAGAUAGACAACUACAGCCUAGGGUUCAAGCAGGUUCAAAUGUGGGUUCUAUUUGAUAAUUAAAUCAGAUUAUGGAAAAUGAUUCAAGUUGUUUCUGUUCUAGUGUGCCAUAAUGGGGAAUCAGAUUGUGGGUUCAAUCAUCAAUAAGUUAAAUUUUAGAUUUUGUGGAAGUCUAACUUUCCAACUCGAUAGUUGUCUCCUUGAGCUCUAAGACGUUAUCAAGAUUGCGAAAGGUAUUGCCUAUGUUUUUUU